UCCUAACUUCCUCAUUCCAGCAAUAGUCCUGUUUCUCAACCCCAAGGUCGGAAUGUAGUUCUACUUAAAAUCUAAAUGACAGCAUCGUGGCUUUAUUUCCGUGUGCCUGUUAAUAAUUGUGUGCGAUUUAGUGUUCUUGAGACGGGCGGAGUUUUACCCGAACGAUAUAAAUCACAAGUCCAGAGGCGCUGAAGAUGCUUAGACUCUCGGAGCCUUGAGCUGUGGACGCCAGCAACAUGGGGAACUGGAUCAUCAACAAUGGACUCAGUGCAUUCAUACUGGUUGUGUGGAUGGGCAUCAACAUCUUCCUCUUUCUUUGGUUUUACUUCUUUUAUGACUUGGGAGAUCAAUUUUUCUACACCAGACAUCUCUUAGGGUCUGCUUUGGCUUGGGCCAGAGCUCCUGCUGCUGUCCUCAAUUUUAACUGCAUGCUGAUCCUGCUCCCUGUGUGUAGGAACCUCCUGUCUCUGCUCCGCGGCUCUUUUGUGUGUUGUGGAAGACCGAUGCGACAGCAGCUUGACAAGAAUUUAAUUUUCCAUAAGCUUGUUGCCUACAUGAUCGCACUGAUGACAGCGGUUCACAUGAUCGCCCAUUUACUGAACGUGGAGUGGCUCAACAACAGCAGACAGGGAGUUUAUGAUGAACUAAGCACGGCUCUGUCAAAUCUGGAGGACACAGAGAAUACAACUUAUCUCAACCCAAUUCGGAAAACUGACAUUGAUCCACAACAGAUUCCAACCUACUUUGUGUUCACAACCAUUGCUGGCCUCACUGGGGUCAUUAUUACACUGUGUCUCAUCCUCAUCAUCACUUCCUCAAUGGAGGUGAUCCGGCGAAGUUAUUUCGAAGUCUUCUGGUACACGCAUCACCUCUUUGUCAUCUUCUUCGCUGGGCUGGUUUUCCAUGGAGCUGGACGUAUUGUGCGAAGCCAGCAGAAAACAGACCCACCUCAUAAUGUUACACACUGCAAAGACGAUAUAGACGACUGGGGAGAGGAAGAGUGUCCUAUCCCCCAGUUCGCCGGAGGGUCUCCACAGACUUGGAAGUGGGUUAUUGGGCCCAUGUUUUUGUAUCUUUGUGAACGACUUCUUCGUUUUAUUCGCUACACCCAGACUGUCACAUACAGAAAGAUUGUGAUGAGACCUUCCAAAGUACUGGAGCUUCAACUGGUGAAAAAUGGAUUUAAAAUGGAGGUGGGUCAGUACGUCUUCAUCAACUGCCCGUCCAUCUCACAGCUCGAGUGGCAUCCUUUCACCAUGACCUCUGCCCCCGAGGAGGACUUCUUCAGUGUGCACAUCCGCUCGGCUGGAGACUGGACCAACAAACUCAUCAACAUCAUGGAGCAGAUGCCAGCGGGAGCCCAGGGACCCAAGCUCGGUGUGGAUGGCCCAUUUGGCACAGCCAGUGAGGAUGUCUUUGACUAUGAGGUUGCCAUGUUGGUUGGUGCUGGGAUUGGAGUGACUCCAUUUGCCUCCAUACUCAAAUCUAUCUGGUACAAGUUCAAACAGUCAGACCCAAAGCUGCGUACCAGAAAGAUCUAUUUCUACUGGCUGUGCCGGGAAACCUACGCCUUUGAAUGGUUUGCCGACCUCCUCCAGGUGCUAGAGACAGAAAUGGAGGAGAGAGGAAUGGGUCAUUUCCUCACUUACAAGCUCUACCUUACUGGGUGGGAUCAAAGCCUGGCUGACUUCUUCAACAUCAACUUUGAUAAGGACACAGAUGUGGUGACUGGGCUAAAACAAAAAACAAACAUUGGCAGGCCCAUCUGGGAUAAAGAGUUUGAACAAGUUCGCAAAGAGAAUCCCACGUCUGUGGUGGGAACAUUCUUAUGUGGCCCAGCAGCCCUGGCCAAAGUUUUAGAGAAGAACUGUGCCAAAUUCUCUGAUGUAGACCCUCGAAAGACAAAGUUUUACUUCAACAAAGAAAACUUCUGAUUCUACCACCCUUUUACACUAUUCAUAAACAACAGACAAUUGAUGCCCUAUGAAUACAGUAGUAGUUUUUUCAAACUUCUAUCUAGUGUCAUCAGUCACUACAACACUCCCAUGUCAACAGUGUACAUGGAUUAUUUGAGCAUAGGUAGUCACUAACCUAUGAUUAGGCUGGGUGUGGAAGAGCUUUUGACAGAUUAUGUAAGCAGUGGGUGAUAUUGCAAUUUUUAAAUGAAUAAAUCCCUGACUAGGUGUUUGUAAUUGGUUAAAUUUCAAUGAAAUUAACUAGACAUAACGACGUCACUCAGAAAGUUUCCUUGGUAUAAAUAGUUUUGUAGUUUGAUAUUGUGUAAAUACAAUUUUCACUCAAGGUUAAACAAGGAAAUGUCAUCUUCAAUGUUAAAUUAACACCAGUACAUAACAUAUCCAUUGUUUGUUUGUUUGUUUUUUUAUAUUAAAUGAUAGCAAAAUAUGUGUUUUUAUUUUUUAUUGGGAAAAAAGUAUUCUGUAUUUGGAGAGGUCAAUAUUGAUAUACCAUAAAUUCACAAAUGUUGGCUCUAGACAACUGUACAGAACAGACAGGUACAAACAAAAUGUUUACAACAAUCUUAAUAAGCAAAAACUUUCUCAGAAUGUUUCAGCAGGUUUCAGUGGCUGAAAAAAAAUGUAAAUAAAGUAAAUGCUUUAUAAAUGUGGUGUAUAACUAUAUUCAUUAAACUUCAUAUACCUAUAUGGUAUGAUCAAGGUG